UUUACGCACAUCAAAACCAGUGAGUUGGUGUAUACUUGAAUCCUAUUUAGUAGUUACUGACCAAGUGUCCAUCAUGUGCCGCGACGAGUUUCGUUUGUCUCAAGUCAAAUUGUAUCAUUCUGACGCCAAAGAUUUCAUCCGAUCACUGUGGCUCCCAGCUGCCCUGGUGACGGCAUAUCGCUGUAUUUUUAGCGCGUAUUGCUUGGGUUGGAUCAUAUAUAGCGGUUUCCAUCCCGCUAAUGGCGCAGAAAAAUGGUUCAUCUAUUUGACAAACUGGGCUUUUACCUUUGUGACGAUGUAUUUCUUGUGGGCUUCUGUUGUCAGCGUUCUGCAUCACUUUGGAAUCACAAACAACCAGGUGGACAUGCAAAUGAAGGCUAUUGGCAACCAUGACAGUGACGCAGAGGGAGGAGAAGGCCUGGGCGAUAGUGUCCAUAAAUCCGCAGUGAAGAUGUCGUGGUAUCACAAGGGAUUAUGGGUCGUUUUUAACAUUGCUGCCAAUACUGCCAUUAUGGUGACCCUUUUGUACUGGACACUAAUUUUUGGCGGCACAACCAGUGGUCUGGAUGUGAGUACCCAUCUGAUAAACAGUGUUAUGAUUGUUGCAGACAUAAUGCUGAGCUGCGUUCCUGUCAGAAUUCUCCAUGUUGUCUAUCCAUUGGUCUUGGGUAUUUGUUAUCUGUUGACAACUGUUAUCUUUUGGGCAGUUGAUGCGACUAACGCUCGUGGUGAGCCAUACAUCUAUUCCUACAUAGAUUACAACAACAGCCCGGGUUUUUCAAUCGGUCUUGUGUGCGGCUUUAUUCUAGUUGGGCAGCCUGUGGUUCAAAGUCUCCUUUUCGGUUUGUACAAACUACGCUGUUUUCUGGGCCUGAAAUGUGGCAAUAAAUCGUAACCGAAAGCUUUAUAUGAACAGGACUUCAUUACAAUAUUUAUUCCUAUCGCUUUUCAGCAAGAUUGUAGUACAAUUUAGUGAUUAAAAAAUGUGACGAGACAAACAUUUAUUUCCAAGUAUUGUUUGAAAUACAUUAUAUCUCCUUGGUCGUGAUGUUGAAAACUUGUAGCAGAUUAACUCUCGACAUACUGAUUUUAUAAAUAAAUAAAGGUGGCGAAUCUCUAUUAAACGGUAGGGUAUUACAAGACACAAGGUUUCCUCAUCUGGGUUGAUAAACGUAAAUUGGCCAUCGUGAAGAGUUUCAAAAGCUGACCUUUAAAGUGUUCGCCCCUCGCCAGAACGAAAGGGGAAAGGACUAAUGCUCAAAUCGUCAGCCUUUGAAACUCAUUUCGUAGGCCGCCACUAAUCAUUAUGCAUCACACUUACCAUGAAAAAUCUGAUUGGUCGAGAGCAUUCAAUCGAUAUACAAUUUAUCAUCUCGAGUUCACCGUCUACCUAGUUUCCA